GAAAGUCUUAACGUCCAACAUAAUAAGAAAUUGGGAUCUUGAACAAACACAUGAUAAUGAAUUAAAUUCGGUCAGACGCAGUCUUGAAUUGAAACAUGACACCGUCAUAAAAGAACCCACAACCCUUAGAUCUCAGCUUCAACACGAGACUCAAUUAUCAAACUUACAAAGUUUGGCACAAAAAAGGGAUUCCGAAUUAACUGAUCUCAAAGUGAACCAUGCUGCAAUGUUAGAGAAAUCAAGGAACCAGAG